AUGUGGUUCCUGGCUCUGGGUGUCGUUCUGUCCCUGGGGGAGACUGGUGCCGGGCCCUUCAUCCAGUCCCGAGUCAUAGGAGGCUGGGAGUGUAAGAGGCAUUCUCAGCCCUGGCAAGUGGCUGUGUCUCACCAUGGUUUGCCAACUUGUGGGGGGGUCUUGUUGCACCCCCAAUGGGUGCUCACAGCCGCCCACUGCAUCAAAGACACUAGCCAGGUCUGGUUGGGUCGUCACAACCUGUUUGAGGAUGAAGACUCGGCUCAGUACCUCACAGUCAGACACAGGUUUCCACACCCACUGUACGACUUGACCCUCCUGGAGGACGAAAACCAGGGCUUGGACUCCGACCAAAGCCACGACCUGAUGCUGCUCCACCUGUCAGAGCCUGCCAACCUCACCGACACUGUUCAGGUCCUGGGCCUGCCCACCGAGGAGCCCACGCUGGGGAGCACCUGCUUCACCUCAGGGUGGGGCAGAAUCCAUUCCCAACAAUCCUUGUUCCCCAGGGCCCUGCAGUGCGUAGACCUCAGCCUCAUGUCCAACAGAAUGUGUGAAGGGAUCUAUUCGGGGAAGGUGACGAAGUUCAUGCUGUGUGCUGGGCGCUUGAAAGGCGGCAAGGACACCUGUGUGGGUGACUCAGGGGGCCCGCUCAUCUGUGAUGGCAUGCUUCAAGGUAUCACAUCAUGGGGUGGCAACCCCUGUGCCUUGCCCAAACAGCCUGCCCUGUACACCAAGCUGAUGUACUACCGCAAGUGGAUCAAGGAAGUCAUGAUGGCCAAUCCCUGA